UUGAAUCUUCCUGUGUGCUGGAUUGGAGGAAUGUUAGCAGUAGAAGCCAUGUUUAUACACACCCCUGCACAACAAGGCGCAGUGACACACCGCCUUCAUUCAUAGUGUAUGGCUGGGGUUCCGGAGAAAGACUUGACAAGGAACAGAGACACUUGGUCUUCUUUUGCCAGGAAGUUUGAUCCUCUUUGGGUUAAUAACGGGAGGCCUGCCAAGCCGCUGACACAUCCAUACGCACUCUUUCACACAGUCCAACACAAACGUCUGGUGACACAAGGUCAGAGGUGGAAGGAUCACCCUGCUCAUUGUGUACUGACAGAGGAGUCCAGCUGCUGGGAUUUCCUCUUCUCAAAGCCAGCUUUUCUUUAACCUUUGAUUAAAUGAGCCUCGACAUGGAUGUACCACAGAGUCCAGACAUGUGGUGAUUAUCCCUUUCUUUUGCAAAACGGCGAGAACUGAAGGAUAUCAAGGAAAUCCCCCUAUGGAAUAUUCGCCGUGGAAGUGUUUGGAUUCACUGGAUUUGGGUUGAAGGAGCAUUUCUAGGACGGUUUAUUAACCAUGCUGGUAAUGGAGGUGACAAAGCUCCACAUUCCCAAUACUGCUCAGGUAUGAGCCAUAGCCUGGACCCUUCCUGGGGUGCUGUCAACAGGGGUACAGCAGACUGGUUCGGCGUGAGCAAGGACAGUGACAGCACCCAGCGAUGGAGGAGGAAGAGCCUGCAGCACUGCAGCCAGCUCUACGGGGGUCUCAAGGCUCAGGUGAUGAGGAGCAUGGAGCUACCCAGCCAGGACAACAUCUCCCUGGCCAGCACCGACAUUCCUCCUCCCCCCUACCUCCACCCCCAGCACCCCAGUCACCAUCCCUAUGCCAUGCAGAGGAUUGUGGACCCCCUGGCUCGGGGGCGUGCCUUCCGUGCGACGGAAGAGGUCGACAUCAACGUCCCGCCAGCUCCCGUCACGCCAUGCGGUGCCUCACUAUGCUCCUUUUCCAGCUCACAAUCGGUCCUCAACCGGUUGCCACGGCGACGCAAACGGGAGUCGGUUGCUGUCAUGAGUCUGAAAGCUGCCACGGCACUAAUGAAGGGCCGUACAUUAGGCGAAAGCACGACAGGCCGUUGCCGAACUCGAAGUUUCCUGCCUCGCGGUGUCUUCGAAGACGACACUGCGGACUUCCCCGAUGAUCUGGAUACAUCUUUCUUCACUGGAGAGGGCCUGCAGGAUGAGCUGUCCAGCUAUGCCGAUGAUGUUUUCGAGACGGCGUCGGAGGCUGCACGUCAAACGGUGGAUGAGGGCCAGCUCACAGGAAGUGCUUUGGAUAGAAAUGAACUGGAGAGGAGCCACCUGAUGCUGCCAUCGGAGCGAGGAUGGCGCAAGUCAAAAGACGGCUCGCCGGUCCAACCUAAGCUGCGUUUUAAUCAGGACGUGGUGAGUCGACAGCGUGGACAAAGAAUCGUGGUUCCCGUUCAGAAGCUGUUUGCCCGAGAAAAGAGGCCUUAUGGGCUCGGCCUGGUCGGCCGCCUUACCAACCGAACGUAUCGCAAGCGCAUUGACAGUUACGUCAAAAGGCAGAUUGAGGACAUGGAUGAUCACAGGCCGUUCUUUAGCUACUGGAUCACAUUUGUGCAUUUACUCAUCACCAUUCUGGCUGUCACCAUCUAUGGCAUCGCUCCUAUCGGCUUCUCUCAACACGAAACUGUUGAUUCAGUGCUACGAAACCAGGGGGUGUAUGAAAAUGUGAAGUUUGUGCAGCAACAAAAUUUCUGGAUUGGCCCAAGCUCAGAGGCGCUGAUCCACCUGGGAGCCAAGUUUUCCCCGUGCAUGCGUCAGGAUCAGGAAAUCCACAGGCUGGUCCAGGAGAUAAGGGCCAAAGAGAGAGAAUCAGGAUGCUGCGUGAGGAACGAUCGCUCUGGCUGCUUACAGACCUCUCAAGACGAGUGCUCGACCACCUUGGCAUUGUGGGUAAAGUGGCCUCAGCACCCCAGUGCCCCUUAUUUGAAUAAUAAACUUCGCCAAAACGGUGCAGUCUGCCAUCAGGAUCCCAGAAUUUGUCAGGAGCCUGCCUCUGUUUCACCUCAUGAAUGGCCUGAAGACAUCACCAAGUGGCCAGUUUGCACAAAGUACAAUUUUGGGAAUCACACCAACCUCCCCUACAUCGAUUGUACCAUCACAGGCCGGCCCUGCUGCAUUGGAACAAAAGGACGGUGUGAAAUCACCUCCAGAGAGUAUUGCGAAUUUAUGCAUGGCCACUUCCAUGACGAAGCCACUCUUUGUUCACAGGUUGCCUGCAUGGAUGACGUGUGUGGUUUACUGCCUUUCCUCAACCCAGAAGUCCCAGAUCAGUUUUCCCGACUCUGGCUGUCCCUCUUUCUUCAUGCUGGGAUCCUACACUGCCUGGUGUCCGUGUUGUUCCAAAUGACCGUACUUCGAGAUCUGGAGAAGCUGGCUGGCUGGCUGCGAAUCUCCAUCAUCUACAUGCUUAGUGGCAUUGCGGGCAACCUGGCCUCUGCCAUUUUCCUGCCCUACAGAGCGGAGGUGGGUCCGGCUGGUAGUCAGUUUGGCAUCCUGGCGUGUCUUUUUGUCGAGCUCUUUCAGAGCUGGCAGAUCCUUGAGCGUCCAUGGUGGGCGUUUGCCAAGCUGUUUGCCAUUUCAGCGUUCUUCUUCUCUUUCGGCUUGCUGCCCUGGAUCGACAACUUUGCCCACAUCGGUGGUUUUGUCUCAGGAUUUUUCCUGUCCUUUGCCUUCCUGCCGUAUAUCAGCUUCGGACGUUUAGAUAUGUACCGCAAGAGGGUUCAGAUCUGCGUGUUCCUGCUGGUAUUCCUCGGUCUAGUCUUCGCCUUGGCCGUCCUCUUCUAUGUUUACCCUGUGAAGUGCGAUUGGUGCGAGUACCUCACCUGCAUCCCCAUCACCGACGAGUUUUGCGAGAAGUACGACCUGAACGCAAAACUUGUUAGACCCAACUGAUAGCCGCUGGUUUGAAUACUCUGUGUGUGUGUGUGUGUGUGUGUGUGUGUGUGUGUGUGUGUGUGUGUGUGUGUGUGUGUGUGUGUGUGUGUGUGUGUGUGCGCGUGCGUGCGUGCGUGCGUGCGUGCGUGCGUGCGUGGGUGCAUGUUGAUGUCAUAGCUUGUGUGAUUCCUAAAUAAAAAAAGGACAACUCA